AUGAGUAAGGCCUAUAAUCGAAUAGAAUGGGAUUUCUUGGAAACAGUUAUGAAGAACAUGGGUUUUGGUGCUAAAUGGACUAAUUUGCUAAUGCUUUGUGUAAAAUCUGUUUCAUUCUCUAUUUUGGUGAAUGGAGAACCUAAAGGCCCAAUCUAUCCUUCAAGAGGGUUAAGGCAAGGGGAUCCCAUAUCCCCUUACCUAUUCAUUCUCUGCACUGAAGGUCUUAUCUCCCUUCUUCAGAAAGCUGAUGUCAAAGAUGUAGUGGAAGUUUUCUGUGUUUGCAGAGGUGCUCCAAAGAUUAAUCAUCUUAUGUUUGCAGAUGACAGUGUAUUAUUUUGCAGGGCUACAGCACAAACAAAUAGAAACAUUCUUCAUUUAUUGGAAGUUUAUGAAAAAGCUUCAGGUCAAAUGGUGAACAAAGAAAAAACUUCUAUGGUUUUUAGCAAGAAUGUAUCAUCUACUACUAAAGCUGAGAUUAUGCAGUUCUGGGGUGUUCAACAGCAGCAAAAUUAUGAUAAGUAUUUGGGGUUGCCUCCUAUGUUGGGUAGAGGAAAACAUCAAGCUUUCUUUGGGCUGCAAAAUAAGGUGUGGACUAAAUUACAAGGGUGGAAGGAAAAACUGUUAUCUCAAGGGGGUAAAGAGGUACUCAUAAAGGUAGUAACUCUCUCAAUUCCAACUUACACUAUGAGUUGCUUUAAAUUGCCUGCCUCUUUGUGUUCUAAGUUGGAAAGUUUGAUAGCUAGAUUUUGGUGGGGGCAAAGAAAAGAGGAAAACAAAAUCAGCUGGGUUAGUUGGAGGAAGAUGUGUAAGUCAAAGUUGCAUGGAGGGAUGGGUUUUAAGGAUUUAAGGACAUUUAAUUUGGCCCUUCUUGCAAAGCAGAGUUGGCGUAUCCUUAAAGAGGAGAGUCUGCUGCUACAUCAAUUAUAUAAAGCUAGAUAUUUUCAUUCAACAAGUUUCAAAGAGGCCAAGCUAGGAGCAAACCCUUCUUUUGUGUGGAGGGGUAUAUGGGAAGCAAAGCAUUAUCUUCUGAAAGGAUGUAAGUGGAGGGUUGGAGAUGGUAAGGCCAUUAAUAUAUGGUUUGAUUUUUGGUUACCAAACCAUAGACUGGUGCCAGUCUCGGAUUCCAUUACUCAAUCUCAAUUAAAUUGGAAAGUUUCUGAGUUGAUAGAUGACAGAACUAGAAGUUGGGAUAUGGAAAAGGUUAGAAGAUGUUUACCUCCAAGGGAAGCUAAAGAAGUGUUGCAUAUGGUGUUAACCUCUAAUAGUAGGCCUGAUGAGUUGGUAUGGGAACAACUAGCUUUAUGCACAUGGGGUUUAUGGCACAGAAGGAAUAAACUACUAUUUGAGCAGCAAAGAUUGUCUCCUCAGCAAGUUAUGGAUCAUACCUUUUCACUCCAGCAAGAACAGAAAUCAGCCAUAGCAGAGCAGAGAAAGGGAUUAAAGCCUUUGUGCAGUUGGACUCCUCCACAAGCAGGGGCCUUGAAACUUAACACUGAUGGUGCUAUUUUUCAGGAUCAGUGCAGCUCGGGUGUAGGAAUGGUUCUUAGAGAUGAGGGUGGUCAGGUGAUCUUCACAACAAGUAAACCAAAACAUGAAGUAACAGAUCCGAUGGAAAUUAAAUUUUUGGCAGUGUUAAGAGGUCUUCAAGUUUGCUUGCCUUUGGGAAUUACUGAGCUUGAGGUGGAACUAGAUUCACUUUUGGUGGUACAAGAGCUUACUACAGAUCAGGAAUCUAUGUCUAUAUGGAGGAAUUUGGUCUUUGAGAUUAGGAGGCUACUGCAAAGGUUUCCUAAAGUUUCUAUUAAGCAUAGAGGUCGGAUGGCCAAUGCUGUGGCUCAUUGCUUCACUAGACAUUCAUGGCAUAUAGAUGAUCUGGUGAUUUGGUGGCAAUCUUUUCUAGAGUUUGUUUCUCAAGUCAUUAGGCAUGAUGGUUUGAUGUAA